AUGAACUUUGACAAUCAGGUCAACAAAUCCUCAGAAGAAGGCGCAACGUCCCCAACAAAACGCACCUCACGCGCCCUCUUCGACUCGCCCAAAGCAACGGCUGCCGUGACGCACGCCCUUUCCGCCAUCAAACUCUCUCCCAAGAAGAUAGACCCGGUGGGGUCCCGUGGCUCGCCUAGUCCGACACGACUCGGUGCACUUCGGGGUCAACACGCUUCCACGCAAAGCAGCCAGAGCACCAGCACGAGUACCAGUCAAUCGGGUGAGAAGCGCAGAAAUGAAAUUGAAGUCUUGCGAGAGUUAUCGGAGGAGGAGUUGGCUAUUAUUCGGGGUCGUGAAUCAAAACGACUUGCAACCAUGUCGCAGUUGUACUUUUUGGAUCAUUACUUUGAUUUGCUCAAGUACUUGAAUAAUCGACGACUACGCACAGAUGCAUUCCAUGCACAGCAUGAUGGACUCGAUGAAGCACAACGAGGACAGCUCUGGAAACAGCAGUGUGGCCGUGAACGCGCCUACUUGCGCAAAAGACGCACAAAAGUCAAACAUGGCGAUUUCAAGAUCCUGGCUCAAGUGGGACAAGGUGGCUAUGGUUCUGUGCAUCUAGCGCAAAAACGAGAUACCAAGGAGAUUGUUGCAUUGAAGGUGAUGAGUAAAGCGCUGUUGCACAAGAUGGAUGAGAUUCGUCACAUUUUGACUGAACGCGACAUCUUGACGAAUGCAAAGAGCGACUGGCUCGUCAACUUGCUUUAUUCGUUUCAGGAUACGCGAAAUGUCUACUUGGCCAUGGAAUAUGUUGCCGGUGGCGACUUUCGCACACUGCUCACCAACUCGGGUGUCUUGCAUGAUCCACACGCUCGCUUCUACAUUGCAGAGAUGUUUUUGUCUGUGGAUGAGUUGCAUAAGCUCGGUUACAUCCACCGUGACUUGAAACCAGAGAACUUUUUGAUUAGUGCCACGGGGCACAUCAAGCUGACUGACUUUGGAUUGGCUAGUGGUAUGAUCAACAACCAAAAGAUUGAGAGCAUGCGCGUCAAAUUGACGCAAGCUGGGGAAGCGAGGGAGAUGGGACAGUACUCGACACUGGAUCGUCAGAACAUGUACCGCUCGUUGCGUGCGCGUGAGCCAACGCUAGCGUAUAGUGUUGUGGGUUCUCCUGAUUACAUGGCGCCCGAAGUGCUCAAAGGUCUGGAGUACAACCAUACGGUCGAUUACUGGUCACUGGGAUGCAUGUUGUUUGAGUGCUUAUCAGGCUACCCACCGUUUAGCGGUGAAAGUGUCAAUGAUACGUGGGCCAACCUCAAGAAUUGGCGUGCUGCACUCAAACGACCACACUACGAUGCACCGGAACAUCAAGAGUUCAACUUGCGUGAUGAGGCAUGGGAGCUGAUUACGGCUGUUGUGUGCAGUGACCGACGUCGCCUACAAACGCUGAGUGAGGUGCAACGGCACGUCUACUUUUCUGGGUUCGACUUUAAGGGGCUACGCAGCAUGAAGGUGCCAUUUAAGCCCAAGUUGGCAAGUGAAACGGAUCAUGGCUACUUUGACGAUUUCGAGAGUGCGGAGGAUAUGAGCAAGUACAAGGAGGUGCAUGACAAGCAAGCUGCGAUUGAGAAGUUGGCUGAACGUGGGAAUGGCAUGAAGAAGACUGCAUUUGUUGGGUUUACGUAUAAGCACGGCAAGACUGGGGAUAUGAGCCAGUUUGAUACGAUGCUGUAG